CGCCAAUGACGAAGAAAGCCCCAUACUAUCGUCAUCGCAUCGGCGCUCUGAAGGCCACCCCUCAGCUCAGUACCCCGCGAAACUUCAUCUUUCCCUCAUCUCCAUAGCUUCUGCCGUCUCUUCCAUUGCAUCACAACAUGUCGUCCCAACCCAGCUCCGAGCCGCUCGAGACUUACGAAAUCUCCGAUUUCAAGUUCCACAAUGGCUCUACACUGCCGAAACUCAAGUUGGCCUACAAGAUCCUCAACCCACACAACAGCAAGAUAGCGGUUGUACACACAUGCUUCAAAGGCCGUCUCGACACCACCCUGACACACGCCAAUGCCGCCCUGAAGAACCACAAGAUCAUUCUCAUCGCUCUUCUCGGCAAUGGCGAGUCUUCUAGUCCCUCCAACACACCCUCCUUUCCCAAUACUCUUGAGUACAUGGACUGCAUUAAUGCUCAAUACUCUCUCCUUACCCAAGAGCUCGGUAUCAAAGAGGUAGAUGUCAUGCUGGGAUUCUCGAUGGGCGGGCAGAUCACGUACCAUUGGGUGACAGCUUACCCUGAAUUCAUCAAGCACGCUAUAAUCGUAUGUUCCUCCGCGAAAACAAGCAGGCACAACUUCCAGUUCCUCGAAGGACCCAAAGCAGCGCUGGAAAGUGCAAAGAGUCCUGAGAGAGGUAUCAGGGCAUUUGGAAAGGCAUAUUCCGCGUGGCUGACAAGCGCCGAAUGGUUCGACCAAGAAUGCUACAAAGAGAUGGGCUUCCAGCAACUGCGAGAUUGGGAUGAUGUGGCUACUAUCCAGGGUUAUGAGGGUUGGUCUGGAGAUGAUCUUCUAGUGAUGCUGGGUAUGUGGCAGCGCGGCGAUAUCACUCGGUGCACUAAGGCGGAGGAUCUUGAGUCAGCACUCAAAAGUAUCAAAGCAAAGGUUCUGCUGAUGCCGUGCGAAUACGACCAGUACUUCCGCCCUUAUGUCAGCGAGAAGGAAGCUAAGAGCUUGGAGGAUGCGACGGUGGAGAUAGUGCCUAGUAUCUGGGGACAUAUUGCGGGUGGCGGGGCGAACCCGAAGGAUGUGGAUUGGAUGGAUCAUCGCAUCAAGCUUUUCUUACGGGGCUUGGUAUGAUGUUACAGGAACUAUUGAGUUUGGACAUACAUACCUUCCCACGUCGAAGUUGUCGAAGAUUGUCAACAAGGAACAACCUACACAUGUCAGUAACGUCAAACGUAAUUUCGAACAAAUUUCAAAAGUCAACCCAACAAAUAUGCAA